AUAUAAAUUAACGUUAGAAAAAGAAUAAAGUUAAAGUUUUCUGGUCUAAUUUUGCAAAUCUGUGGAAGGAAAGAGAAGUAGUUGGUUAUCUGCAAGAAAAAAUGGCUAGGACUGUGGCAAGAAGUGUUGCAGCUCCAUUACUGUUUCUGAAUUUAGUAAUGUAUUUUAUUGUUUUAGGUUUUGCUAGUUGGUGUCUCAACAGGUACAUUAAUGGCCAAACUAAUCAUCCUAGUUUUGGUGGAAAUGGAGCCACAAUGUUCUUUUUGGUGUUCGCGAUACUGGCGGCCGUCUUGGGAAUAAUAUCAAAGUUUAUGGGUGGAAAUCAUCUGAGGGUAUGGAGAAAUGACAGUCUUGCUGCCGCUGGUUCAUCAGCUAUAGUUGCAUGGGCUGUGACUGCUCUAGCUUUUGGGUUGGCAUGCAAAGAGAUAAAUAUAGGAGGAUGGAGAGGAUGGAGGCUAAGAGUACUUGAAGGAUUCGUGAUAGUUCUAGGAUUUACUCAACUGCUCUAUGUUCUCAUGCUUCAUGCCGGAUGGUUCAGCAGCCGUUACGGUCCCGGCUACCGGGAAACCGAAUAUGGCGUCGGUGCACCCGCCGGAGAAAAGGGCGCCACCGCCGCCGGCGUACCUACAACAGGGGUGUAAUGAAGCAUGCCAUUUUGUAAUGAUAAGCUUUGGGCUUUCACUACUAGGCUAUAUGUAAAUUAAGUUCUAUAAGCUUUUGAUCUUUAACUGGACAAUGUAGCAGUAGGUUCUUUCACAUUUUGUUCAUUACUAUAUGUAUGUAGAGUUAGAAAUUAAAUGUGUGUGUGGGUUUUUGGGUUUUUAGUUUUGUUCUCUCUUCAAUAUAUACGUAAAGAAGUGUCUA